AUCAGCACCACCGCUCGAGCCUCGCGACCCGCCGGCCUCAGUCGCCCGGCAACCAGUGCCGUUCACCGUUAACCGUUUACCGUUAACCGGCCCGUUCCGCUCGCCAUGAAACAAACUUUCACCGAGCUGAUGAGGAUGAGCAGGAUAUGCCGGAUGGUCCUCGCCACUUGUUUCGGAUCUUUUAUCCUCGUCGUCUUUUAUUUCCAAAGUAUGUUCCAGCCAGGUAGGAGCGCUCUACUUUCUCCUCGUUGUGUGAACGACCCCAUGGAGAUCCCGUCCAACGAGGCCCACCUGUCGGCCAACCUGAAGACCCUGAACCAGUACAGCAUCGCCGACAUCAACCACCGCCUCAAGCACUACCUCAAGUUCCUGUUCGUGCGCGAGCCCUUCGAGCGCCUCGUCUCGGCCUACCGCAACAAGUUCACCCUCAAGUACAACUCGUCCUUCCACAAGCGCUUCGGCACGCGCAUCGUCCGGCGCUACCGCAAGAACGCCACCGCCGACGCCCUCCUCAGCGGCGCCGACGUCCAGUUCCGGGAGUUCGCCGAGUACCUGGCCGACCCGCUGACGGCGCGCGACGGGCCCCUGAACGAACACUGGCAGACGGUGUACCAGCUGUGCCACCCGUGCCACAUCCACUACGACCUGGUGGGCAAGUACGAGACCCUGGAGGAGGACGCGGGCUUCCUGCUGCGGCUGGCGGGCGCGGGCGACGGCGUGCGCUUCCCGACGUACGCCAAGUCCACGCGCACCACCGACGCCAUGGCCGCCGCCUUCUUCGGCAACAUCAGCACGGCGCAGCAGGCGCACAUCUACCGCCUCUACCGGCAGGACUUCCUGCUCUUCAACUACUCCCAGCCCGCCUACCUGCGGCUGGAGUAA